AUGUCUAUGAUCACAGCGACAACAUGGGUGCCUCGCGGGUUUGCGGCACCCUUCCCCUCUAAAUAUGUUUUCGACGAGGACGAGUAUGCCCGCAUUUCCGAGCUCGCAAAGCUCCAGCUCGACGAUGCGAAGGAGGACUUAGAAGAGGCGCAAGAAGAGGAGAAGCAGAAGCAAACCAACGGCAGCGGCGGCGCAACCAAAGCUCAGGACGCAGAGGAAAUCGACGAUGACCUAAAAGAGUACGACCUCGAGCACUAUGACGAUGACGACCAAGAUGGCGAGGGCGAUACCAUGGCUAUGUUUGGUAACAGCAAGAACCUGGCGUUCCACGAGAAUGACGAGGAUGACCCGUAUAUCACAAUGGAGGGCAACGCAGAAGAGGAGGACGAGGAACGGGAAGAGCUCCAGAUCUUGGGCACGGACAACUUGGUGCUGGCAGGCCGGAUAGAGGACGAGGUCGCACAUCUGGAAGUCUACGUAUACGAAGACGAAGCAGACAACAUCUACGUGCACCACGAUAUAAUGCUACCCGCGAUCCCGCUCGCAGUCGAAUGGUUGGAUCUUCCAGUUGGAAAGGCCGCCGCAGGAGGCGACGCAAAGGGAAACUACGUUGCUGUAGCCACAAUGGACCCGGACAUUGAAAUCUGGAAUCUCGACAUGGUCGACAGCAUGUACCCAGACGCAAUCCUGGGACAAGGCGCAGAGGAUGCAGACAAGCCGAAGAAGAAGAAAAAGAAGAAGUCGAAGAAGGCAAACGACGAGUUCCACGUCGACGCUGUUCUCUCACUUGCCGCAAACCGCCACCACAGGAAUCUGCUCGCAUCAUCGUCCGCAGACAAGACGAUCAAGCUGUGGGACUUGAACACGACCAAGGCCGCAAAAUCUUACACAUACCACACGGACAAGGUUUGCUCAGUUUCCUGGAACCCAGUGGAAUCUACAGUCCUGCUCAGUGGCAGCUACGACCGCACAAUCGUAGCAGCAGAUAUGCGCGCCCCCGACGCAAAAGCGCCACGCUGGGGCGUAGAAAGCGACGUAGAGACCGUCCGCUGGAAUCCCCACGACUCAAACUACUUCUACGUGUCGACCGAGAACGGCAUUAUCCACUACCACGACGCCCGCAACGCACCCGCCGACCCCUCCCAGUCAAAAGCUGUCUGGGUCCUCCAAGCCCACGACGAGUCGAUCUCCUCGUUCGACAUCAACCCUGUCAUCCCCGGCUUCCUCGCAACCGGUUCGACAGACAAGCAGGUCAAGCUGUGGAACAUCCAGGACUCCGGCCCCUCCAUGGUCGUCUCGCGCGAUCUCGGCGUCGGCAAGGUCUUUUCCACGACGUUUGCGCCCGACAAGGAAGUCGGAUUCCGCCUCGCCGUCGCAGGAAGCAAAGGCGCGGUGCAGAUCUGGGACACUUCCACCAACGCCGCCGUUCGAUCAGCGUUUGCGACCAAAGUGCCGCAGAUGAAGGGCGACGGGAAGGAGAAGGUCGUGGGGCUGGAUGAGGCUGAGACGGAUUCCGAUUCCGACGAGGGCGAGAGUGGGGAUGACGACGAGGACGCGGGCGAGAAGGGGUACGAGUCGAUGGAGGAGUAG